AAGGUGUGCAAAGUGAAAGGUGAACAACGGGUGGACUAUCAAGUCUCUCCAGAAGAGACCAACACACCCGAGAAGACAUUAUAGUUCUUUUCUUAUAUUUGAAAGAAAUCUGAAUAUUCCACUGAAAGAGGGAAUCCUUGAGAAAUUUGUGUCCAGUGUUCCAGAUAUAGUGACUGGUUAACGGACAUUUUGGAAGAUUUUCUGGAAAACUUCCUGAUCACACAGGUUUUGUAGGGGGGCUCAGAAGUUGGGAGUAGUAGCAGCGCAGCGGAAAGAGAAUUGGAGACUCGUUGGAAGUGAGAGUGAAAACGAUUCAAGAAAAACGAUCUGGAAAGUCUUGUUGGAAGUGGGAAGUGCACCUUUUAAGUGAGAGUGGAAGUGAACCAACUCAAGAACAACAAAACAUAAUUAUAUAUGUAUAUAUGAAAGAACUUUUGAGACUUCAAAAAUAAUUAAAGAGGAAACUCGAGGACAUUUUCACAAAAAAGGAAUGAAAAGAAUCGUCAAAUUUGUGGAAAUCUAAGAAACAAUUCAUAGAAUCAAAAAUCAAGGAAAAAAGAAAAAACGAAGAAAAGUAAAAACGUGAUUUGAAUUGGCGAGACAGAAAGAAAGUAUGAGGAGGAAUUGGAUAGUAUAGUCAACAGGGUGAUCACAAUUUUCACAUUAAUUUGCAUUAUAAAUCAUUCCAAAAUCACUAUACAACGGCCCGUAUUUUUGGAAAAAAAUAAGAAAUAAUUAAAUUAUUCAAUUUUUUUCAUCAAAUUAAAGAAAUCUCAAAAUGUAGUUCUAUUUUUAGAAAAUAUUCAACUUGCCUUAAAGAUAUGUAGUGUCGAAGGAACCCCUAUUGACGCUUUUGUCAAAAUGAUGAAAUUUAUUUAAAUUUAAUGUAUCUGGUAAAAUGCAAGUAAUGUUUUCUUUCUGUAAACUACCUUUUCUUAUAAAAAAGAGAUGUUAAAAUUUCAUAUCCUAAAUCGGUACUGAAUGUGUCAAUAAGUAUGGCACGAUAAAUUCUUAAAGUGUCAAUAGGUAUUUCUUUUACCCUAGAUAGAAUAUUCUGAAGUAGGGCUUUCAGCAUUUUCGAAGCUUUUACCAAAGCUUAGAAAGCUAUUUUGGAUUACGGACCUAGGAUGAUUAACUAACGGAUGGAGCAUUUUAAUUCAGAAAUGGUAUAUUUUUCUUAAAUUCUUUAUAAUUUUUAAGUCUUAGAUCCCACAAAAAUAAAUAUAACACGAAAUGGUAGGCACAUGUACAGAGAUUAUAUUUUUAUUGAUUUUAAAAUGUUACUAUGGUGUUACAAAUACAAAAUUUGUCAGAAAAAUUCAAAAAAUUGCGAAUUUUACGUUUUUUUCAUACAGGUUUUAGGAACUGUUAUCCUCGUGCAAUCAUUAUAAAUUUUGAGCCAAUAAUAUAACAUUAGAUACUCUUUCAUUUGGCAAAAGUUUUUAAAUAAUUGCAUUUGGUAUUAUACUAAAACUAAAAAAUCACUUAAGAAAUAAUAUACCAUACUUCUGUACGGAAAAUGUAUGAGAAUGCUCCGCCCUGUUACGGCCCGAUAUAUUUAGACUCGAGAUUUUAAAAAUCGUCAUCUUCUGCAUUCCCCUAGAAUUGGAUGUUGAUCACGAUACCACCUUCCUAAUCUCUUUUAAAUUCAUUGAACCUCAUAGUUUCAUUUGAACCUAAUGGGCCCGGCUUUUCAUUCUCUCAAAUCUGAUAUUUGUGGAUUUAAUAUUGCGGCACAAUUAAUUUCUUCAAGCCACUUUUGGAUACCAUUAUUUCUAUGUUUAACUUUGAUAGAAGGGAACGAAGAAAUCAUACUUAUUCAAAUCUUUUAUAUGACCAACACUAAGUCGGAGGUGGACAUAAGAAAGCUUUUUUGUUUUUUUUUCACAAACCAUAAAUUCAUUUAAUUCCAGUUUUAAAAGUUUUAAAAUCGUGUGUGUAACUAUUAUUUAAUAAAUUGAAAAUGAAAUAUCUUCGAUCACCCUGUUGAUUGAUGAGAAGAGGGGAAUUGAAAAGGUGGUCAGUGAGAGUGAUUUUCUGGCUCAAAAUUUAAAGGUCACUUGGACAUAAGUUUCAACUAUUUUUCUUGAAAUUCAAUAACUUAAAGUGGUAAAAGAAAACAAAAAACAAGAAGUGGAAGAAAAAAAAGCAGAAAAAAGUGAAAGUGACAAAAAUAAUGGUUAAAGCAUCACCAAGGAAGAUGGCAAUGAUCGUGGGCAUUUGUCUAGUAGCAACUCUAGUAGCUUCAGUGACCUCUGAGACCCCGUCUUUAAGUUCUCAAACGUUAAGCCUAUCAGGGCGAGAAAAACCUGAACUGUCUGAACAUCUGAGUGCUGUUAUUGGUGAAGAUGUGGCCAAAAGUAUCGAAUACAAGCGACAAGUAGAAGAAGCAGAACUUAGAUCAACAGCUAGAACACUAUUACUUACAACGCCAUCUACUGAAUCGACUGCAAAGUCGCGAAUUCAGAUCAAAACAGCCCCAAAUGGAGUUGAUUACGAAUAUGAGUAUGUUUAUUACUACUAUGAUGAGGAUGAUGAUACAAAUAAGACUACAACACCGUCUGAACGUGGAAGAAGUCGCUACCAAAGCAUAGAACGCACCUCCAAAGCACCCUUGGCCGAUAAUAGUCGAACUGAAUUGAACGAAGAGGAAAGAUUACCACAGAAUACGCGUUUUCCGCCGAGAAAUUCACCUGAACUGAUAACUGAAGCUCCGGUAAAAAUCAGCGUUAAACAUCCUAGCCUGGAACUUGUAGACAGCGACACCUUCAAUACGGCAGACAAUCGCAAUCUGUAUGGAAGCCAGACAGAUGGUCCCAUGGAGAAGGCUGCUUUUGAUCUCUACGUGAUCCUUCAAAAUGAAAAGAUGGCAGUAGAUGCAACAGAAAUUGCUACAACUGAAGAACCUACAACGCCAGACAUUACCACGGAAUUUGUUGAGGUGACAACAAUGACUCAGGAAGUGACAACAACAACCCGAAGGACAACAGAAGCACCAUCUCCAGCACCAACGGAAACUAGGAGAGUCGCAGCACAGACUAGAAAUCGCUUUAAAUUGCGCCCAACGCCAUCUACUACAACAGAAGUCACAGAAAGGGCGACAUUUGCAGCAAAGAGUCGAUAUGGAAGUGGAAAACCUGGUGGUGGAAAUCGUGCAAAUUCCUUUGGACGUACUCUAAGCACCUCAGUGCCAUCUACAACGGCUCCAACUGAGCCCGAAAGUAGAUCAUCAUUCGGAUCACGUGCCACUAGAACUCGAAAUCGUUUCAAUUUGCGAUCUACCACAGAAGCGUCUGCUGUAUCUGAAGAAACAUCUACGGCAAGUCGUCUAACACGUCCUAGGGGAACAUUCAGUAGUCGUACUCGCACUAGAGCCACAACGCCAUCUUUAGAAGAAGUAACAAAUCGCACAACAGAAACAACUACAGCAAGACCAAGAGUUGCUCUUCCUAGCCGUUCGUCCAAUAGACUUUUAGCACCUAGAAAGAAUCUCCUACGUUCAUCUACAGCUCCACCUAGCACUGAGCUACCUACUGAGGAUCUCGAGGAGUCUGAUGUAGAAUCUCAGACAUCCCGAAGUCGACCAGAGGAAAUAGAAAAGGGUUUUUUCUUUACACAGACCGAAAGUACAACUAGUCAGAGUGGAAUAAAUCGACUGAGAAAUCGUCCACGUAUUAACAUCCACCCUGCUGGACGUCCUAAAGCACCAGUCCAGAAUGUCUUUGCGGCUAGAAAAGUUAAUCCAUUGAUCAGGAGACCCUUUGGCAACACAUCCAGCACUUCUGAGUCUCCAGCUGAAGCAGAAGAAACUGAUGCUGAAGAAGAACCAGAAAUCGAUGCUGAGGAACCGGCCAUUGAAGUCACAGAAGCCCCAUCAUCGGAGGCUCCACGUGGCCUUGGACUACUAGGGACAAGACGUCGCCUACCAUUGAGACGGCCAGGAACUAUCAACACAGCCUAAAAUAUGGCCAGACAAGCUUAUGGUAGCUAAGAUCAGCUGAAUUAAUCGAGCUGAAAUCGAUUAAUAAACACCGAAAAUAUAGUCCGAUCAAGUUAUUAUCGUUUAUAGCUCCGAUCGAGUCAGGGAUAAGUGGCAGUUUGAUCUAUCGUUGGAAAGGUCUCGAAUUCAUAUACAACAUACUAAAUUUUCAUUGAAAUCGAAAAUAGGGAUUUCAAAGUUACUCAACAUAGAAAAUUUCGAAAAUUUAUUUACCGAUUUUAGCAACAUUAACAGUUGCUAAAAUUAGGGAUUUAGGGAAUCAUAGCAUUUCACGAGACCUUUUAUUAUUAUCUUUGAUCAUCAAAUUUGGUUAACUAAAAGGAAAGUUAACGUCAUUUUAAGAACAAUUUUUGAACACCCAACAUUUCGGUGGUUUCUGGUGUGGUGGAUCUGACAUUGCCAUCUUUUGUUUGCCACCUAUCGAUAUUUCACUUCAGCCGAAAACCACAUGCAUUAUAUCCACUUUUUUUUUACUAAGCUAUAAACUUUUUUUUAGCAUUUUUACUAAAAACGAAACCUAUAGGUGUCAAAACGUCUUUAUAGAAAGUUUGGGCUUAAUUUACCAAGUCGGAAGUCAGAUUUCAAUCGAACCACAGAAGCUCAAUUUAGCUAAAUAUUUGGCUUAAAUUUGCUAACUCUUCAAUAAAUAAAUAAGAUUCCUUUUUUAGACUCCGGUUUAGCACUAUAUCUUCAAAGUCUGCUAAACAUAUGCAUUUAGUUAAAAUAAGAUAAGAAAUGGUUGCUAUUAAAAAAAAGCAUGGGCUUUAAUUAAUUUCGAAGAGAUUUUAAACGAUUUAAACUUUUCAAACCGGUUAUAGACCGAAUACAAAAAAAUAAAUAAAACACUCAAAAGAGUACGCAACGGGAUAAAGCGUAGAGCAUUCGCUUUAUUAUACAAAGGUCCUUGGUUCAAAUUUCCUUUAAGUCACCAGAAAGUUUUUGACGCUAAAGGUGUUUAAAUGGCAUCCAAUGAACUCAAUUGUACAUUAAACCAAGAGGGAUGGGAUUAUCAACCACAAUUCUUGGAUAAUAAUUAAUAAAUUCACGUGAGGAAGUAUAGGUUCUCUACGGAAGGGUGUACUUACAUUUAUUUAUUUAUUUAUUUAACAACUGUAGAAUAAUAAUUAUAGUCAAUAUUAAAAUUGCAGAAGAAGAAUAGGAAGUAGAUUAGUAAAAUUGGUUAGUAAAUAAAUAUCUACUCCCAAAUGUUAAAAUAACACAUUUUCAGUGCAUGAAAAUAGUGAAAUACUGUUAGUAAAAGAAAAAUUAAGGAGUUGUGAACCAUCUGAAAAUCUCAGAUGUGUUUUAAACUUAAAGUCAUUUCUGAUCAAUUUUACGUUUUUUUUUAUGACAAAAAUAGAAUAUUUUACUGGCCAAAAUGGAAUAUUCUACUGACAACAAAUAGUUUUGCCCAAUUAAAUCAUCAACGAAGAUUUUUCAAUUUACAUAAUAAUCCUACGAAGUAGAUUAUGAAA